AAUGUGACGAAGAGGGCCAUAUUUUAAGCACCACUCCAUCUACACCACCUUCAUUUCAUUUUCUUCUUCCCCAACUAAACAAACCCUCAUUUUCUUUCUGGUUACUGUCUUUGAUCCUUAACCUACUACAACUUUUGUGAUCAACAUUAUCCAAUAAAAUCUCGGUCCCGCCAUCAAUUCACUGAUCAUAUAUAUAUAUAUAUAUAUAUAUCUACACAGUUCUAUACCCUGUAAGCUAUUGAUACUGGCUUUUAAAUCAAUCGCCAUGGACAUCUCUACUACUGGCUUAAUCACUGUUAAUAACAACAACUCAUUUGUCGGUGACACAGAUCGAGACUCCAACGAUUAUUACUCUGCUGCUACUACUCCGGGAGAAAAUGGCUCCGACUCUCCUACCUCGACUACCCUCUUCCACGAUUCCAAGAAUAUCAUCACUACUACUAUCUCCUCCCCCAAGAAAAGCAGACGAGCCGUGCAGAAAAGAGUGCUUUCAAUUCCGAUUAAGGAAGUCGAAGGGUCACGACUAAAGGGCGAGACCAGUAGUACUCCACCUUCGGAUUCUUGGGCUUGGAGGAAGUACGGUCAAAAACCCAUCAAAGGCUCACCUUAUCCCAGAGGGUAUUACAGGUGCAGCAGUUCAAAAGGGUGUCCGGCAAGAAAACAAGUGGAGAGAAGCCGUAUAGACCCCACCAUGCUAGUCGUCACCUACUCUGCCGAACACAACCACCCUUGGCCCGCUUCUAGAAACCACCACAACCACAACAGCAACCAAUCAGCCUCACUCUCUGCCGUUAAGAGCGCCAAAGUGGAAGCUUUGGAAGCUCAACCCGACCCGGAGAUGGAGGCCGAGCCGGAAGAGAGGUUCGCGGGUCUAAUCGGAGACGAGUCGCUGAUUGGUGGUGACGAGUUCGGAUGGUUCGGGGACAUGGAAACGACGUCGUCUCCCGUUCUCGAGAGCCCAAUUUUUGCGGAGAGUGGGUCCGUCUUCUCUUCGACGACGACGACAGUGGCGGCAGCGAUGGUGUUCCCGAUGAGAGAGGAGGACGAGUCGCUGUUUGCUGAUCUGGGCGAGUUGCCCGAGUGCUCAUUGGUGUUUCGCCACCGUGGCGUGGGACCACAAGUUGAGAUCUGCUGACACGUGUCUACGCCCCCCGAAUAUAAUUUAAUAUUUAUUGUUAUAUAUACACACGAGGAAAUGGAUGAUAUCAUAAUUCAUAUUUUGGGUAUUCAAAGUUGGGAGUAGAAAAAGAGAAUCUUACGCCAUAAGAUACCAAAAGAAAAAAAACAAUUUUACAUUUUUUUUUUAAUUUUUAUCUUUUUCAUUUUUUAUAUUAUAAUCAUUGAUAUUGUUUGCCCUUGAUUUUAAUGUGUCCUAAACAAAAAGAGGGUCUUAAUCUGGA